AAUUUGGAACCAUUCUAGAAACCAACCUUAGACCUUAUUGCUAUUCAUUCAUUGUUGAUGGAAGCUUCGAGUUUGCUUGAGAAGAAGGGAUUUAUUUGGAACUUGAAGAUCAAGAAAAUUAAUCAGAAUACAAGAAAAAACAAAGUAGAGAGACUAAGAGAGUAAAGAGCAUCAUGGCAUGUUGUUGUGUGCCUUUGAACAACAAUAAGAACAACUUGGAUGUUAGCUUCUUUGUUUUCAAGCCAACCUUUGUGGUGGUUGAUGAUGAAGCUGUUGUUCAUGUCCUCAAACACUUCUCCUUGAGUACUCACACCCUUGGUUGUCUUCAAACCUCUAUCUUUAGGAGCAUCCAUGGAAACAUGAUCAUAUGGUAUGGUGCAUGGCAGAAGAGGUCCAACAAGGAAAAAGAACAGCUUAUCGCAACCCUUAAAUCAAUGAUAAACAACAUAUCAAGCAUGACUACAUUAAUUGAAUACACCUUUCUUGAAGCAUACGCCGGAGAAUCAAGAGAUGGAUCUUCAACUGCUAAAUUCUCCAAUGGGGACAUAAUUUCCAUUCAUUCAGCAGCCACCACUAGUGGUGACCUCAAUGAUCUUUGCUAUGCUGUCCUUGCAAUUUUCAGGUCUCGAUUCGACAAGAUAGAAGGCGCGACAGCAGGCCUUUGCUUGAAAGCACAGAGCAGGCCAGGAGUGGUGUGCAUGCAUGUGUGGAAGUCUCUCCAUUUUUGUUACUCAUAUAUUCUCAAUUCUGACCAUAGAAAUUGGAUGAUGCCAUAUCUUGAACGUUUCUCUUUAGAGAUGAAGUAUGAUAUCUUUAGAGUAGUGUAUGUUAGUGAUGCUGACAACUUGGUUAAACAUUCCUAUGUUUCACCCCAUCAAAUGUUUCAGAAUGGUAAAGAAAACAUGCAAAAGCAGGUUCUGUAGAAUUGAGAGUGGUGUAAAAGAUUUGAACCAUCCUCCUCUGCCAACAUUAUUUUGUUUUUCUUUUUUUUUCUUUCUUUUCCAUUUAUUGUUUUGUAAAUGUUGUACAUUGAUUUAGCAAAAUCAAAUUUCAGAUUAGAGAUAGCUACUAUAUAGUCUUUUGCGGACUAAUAAUGAUACUAUUAAGCAUUUAGUUAUGA